CUGAUGUCCCGUUGCAGCAAGCUGUGUGUUUGGAGUGCUGAGGAACUGGACGGCAGGUCCCAUCACCGGGAGGAGCAGAGCCACUCCCCUUUCCUGAGCUGAGCUUGGAGGGGAAACCCACACUUUAAAAGUUUCAUUUCACUCAGCAGAGAGUCUUCGCUGGGCUCACACCAACCAGCUCACUCUUUACGGACAUCUCCAACCUGAAAGCGACUGCGUGCCUCAGGAUGGCAAGCUCCAAAUCUUCUCAGAAUACUCGUAACAUUGUGAUCGCCUGCCUGGCCCUGUGGUCGAUCAUCUCGCUUAUCAUUAUUGUGGUUUGGGCCACCUCGCCUGACAUGAAAGGAGCCAGUCAGUGUCGCAAGGAGAUGCAAGCCCUAACGGAGAGGCAUGAAGGGGCAAGAGUCGUGUGGAGCAAAGACCGAAAAGCCCUUGAAGAGCUGGUGAGACAGGGAUGGAGGAACCAGACUGCCCUACUGAAGCAAAUCGACCAGUACAAGGAGCAAAUACAGAUUCUGAAUAUCUCUUUGAACGUCAGCCUGCAAGAAAAUGUCAUUCUGAAUGGAAACAUUACGAUCUUGGAGAGCAAGAUUGAGGAAUACAAACUCAUCGAGGGAAACCUCACUACAGAAAUCAGCCUGCAGAAAGACCAGAUUGAAGCCCUGGAGCACAAUUUAACCCUGAAGGCCCAGGAGUUGGCAUCUUGUGAGGCUUUGCGCCUCGCUUCUAAACAGCUCCAAACUGCCGCAGAGAGACAGACACAGGGCUGCGAGACCACCAAGCAAUAUUUACAGAAGCAACUCACGAAGUGCAAAGACGUGGACCCCCAUGAGCAUCAAGUUCAUGUUGAGCUCAAUGACAACGGAGCCCAAGGAAUCACCACAAGUACUGUUACACUGGCCAUGAUUGUUUGCCUCAGUCUGCUUUUGGUUCCAUAGACGAGAGGAAGGCUGGAUGGUGGAUUAUUUGGGUACACGUUUUGGUGCAACACUGUUCUGAGGACACUGCUCAGGUGCACUUGUAACCCUGGACUUAAAGCACAUUUAAAUCUACAUUUGGAAUGCAAAGUGCAGAUGCAAAAUUGAUGAUAAUUGAUGAAGUCAAUAAAGGUAUUUGUGUUGCAAAACGUUUUGGUGCCACGUAAAAAAAUAUUGGUUGACAACAUGGAAAAUGCAUUUACCUUAUUCCACAAAUGUAUGCUGUACUUCAUUGGUGGUAACCUUUUUUUUUUUGUUAUUUUUUAUUAGGGAAAAAUAUAUGGAUUUUAUGGUAUAGAUGUUUCAGAUUUGUAUUUAUUUUUGUUUGGAAUAACCAGGCUUAUAUGGCAAUGAGAUAUUGAUGUUAAAAGCUAUUUGGAAAUUUGAUCACACUGUUUUACCACUGUCUGUUUUUUUUUUUUUUAAGGAAUUUACGAGGACUUUUUGAAAGCUAUUUUUGAAUAAAUUUACAAUGUUGACUCUUUAA